AUGAGUUCCCCCAAGCGUUCAGGAUCACCCUCGUCAACUUCGGACUCAAAACGGAUACGCUUGUCUGUUCAGCCUCAGACGCAGGGUGCCACCCCCGUCGACCCCGACAAUGCGCCUGGCAAGCGGAGCGAACUCGAGCCAGUUCAAGGUGGUGAUGUUGGAAAUCUGCCUCCCAGCGAUGACAUGGUGGUCGGACCAGCCGAAGAAGGGUUGAAAGUGAAGCUACUAAAAGCCGAGGGGGACGACGAAGAUGGUGGCGAUAUCUCUAUGGGUGACGGAGCUGAGGAAGAGGGCGACUCGGGCGACGAGAACGACGACGAGGAUCCAGCCCAGGCAGAAGCUGCACGCCUCAAGCUCGAAGAGCAGGCGCGAAAGUACCUUGCUGCCCAAACCCACGAAAUCAUAAUACCCUCCUACUCUGCUUGGUUCGACAUGUCCAAAAUUCACCCAGUCGAGAAACGCGCUCUACCAGAGUUCUUCAACUCGCGGAACCGGUCAAAGACCCCAACGAUAUACAAAGAUUACCGCGACUUCAUGAUCAAUACAUACCGGCUUCGUCCUACUGAGUACUUGACUGUCACUGCUUGUCGAAGGAAUUUGGCUGGGGAUGUCUGUGCAAUAAUGCGUGUUCACGCUUUCUUAGAGCAGUGGGGUCUCAUUAACUACCAGAUUGAUCCGGACGGUCGACCAGCAUCAUUGGCGCCUCCGUUCACUGACCACUUCCGCGUCAUUCUUGAUACCCCACGCGGGCUGCAAUCUCUGCAUCCAGGGACUCGUAUGGCAAGUCGCGGUGCAAACAAUUCUAAUGCCGCGACCACAAACGGUGGAGCCAAGUCCUCCGCUACCCCUGCUUCCCUUGAACUUCGGUCCAAUAUAUACCAAACCACGUCUAAAGCAUCUCGCCAAAUAUCUCCAACCGAAGCUGCUGCACUCACUAACGGAGCUUCGACGCGUCCUGGCCUCAGUGGACAGUACUCCUGUGACACCUGCGGUUCUGAUUGUUCGUCCGUUCGCUACCACUCCUUGAAGGAAAAGAAAUUCUGCGUCUGCCCCCCAUGCUAUCUCGGCGGACGAUUUCCGUCGACAAUGUUCAGCGGCGACUUUGUCAAACUUACGACCGCCCCACCAGGCGUCUCGCAAAGCAACUCUGCGAAUGACGGCUGGUCCGACCAGGAAAUCCUACUGCUGCUGGAGGGUGUAGAGAUGUACGAUGACGACUGGUCGCGUGUUGAAGAACACGUUGGGACGCGCACGGCUCAGCAAUGUAUCCGCAAAUUCUUGGAGCUUCCGAUUGAAGAUCCCUACCUUGACACGGAAGCAUCGAUGGGACCAUUGCGCUUUGGCCGUAUACCGUUCGAGCAGGCCGAUAACCCAGUUAUGAGUGUGGUUGCUUUCCUAGCGGGCGUCGUCGGCCCCGGGGUGGCCGCGGAAGCAGCCAAAUCAGCCCUCCACGAGAUCACGGAUGCAGAUAAAAAAGAGGACAUCGUUGCCGCUGCAGACGGCGAAACCACUGGCGACGGCCAGGAUGCCACGAAAGACACUGACCACAAGAUGGAAGAAGACCCGGCGGAAGAAGUUUCUGGCAACGUCGCAGAGAGCCACACCACAUCGCCAGCACCGGAAGGCAUGUCCGUCGACUCUCCGCCUAAAAAGCCCACUCCUACCCUCCCGCAUUCUAAAGUUGUUCGCGCCGCCCGACUAGCACUCAAAUCCUCCGCUAGGGCAGCCCAGACUCUCGCUGAUGCGGAGGACGCACAAAUUCGCAGCUCCCUAGCUUCCUUGAUCAAACUCACACUCACGAAAUUGGAACUCAAAAUGGCACAGUUCGAUGAGCUAGAGGAGAUUUUGGAAGAGGAGCGAAAGGCCCUGGAGAGUUCUCGGAUGGCCCUCAUUUCUGAACGUUUGGGUCUCAAGAAGAUGCUCGACACUGUUAAGGCUGAGAUAGCCAGAAGCGGUGGCAUUGCUCCUGGCUCGAAUGUCGCAAACUUGGUCGCAAAUGCAAACAUCGUAGGGCAGGGUUCUCAAGCAACAGAGGUGCCAGUCACAACUCCCCUCAAUGGCAAUGCGGGACCAGUGCAGGAUGGCAACAAGCUCCAGCUGAGCUAA